UGUUCACGUAGUAAUGUUCAAAACACAAAAACAAAUGUGUUGGAAAGCGAGGAAUUUUCACAAACUAUUUCAAUCCCAACAGUUUGCUCGGUUUGGAGUAUCUAAUGCAACCAACUAAGGGGUGGCAGUGGGACGUGUUUAUCAUGUUUACCCGCCAUUUCACACACAAACAAGGCCGCUAAACUGCAUCUUCAGAGAAAGUGACAAAGGGCAGGAUGGGGAGGGGAGGGGUGAGGGAAGGAGGAUGGUUGUGGAGGAGAACGUUUUGUCUGCAGUUCCCCAACAGCAUACAAAUAUGGACAGCAAACGACAAGCUCCGAUCCCCGAGACUUGCUAUUGGGUCCAGGGAACCCACGACAAAUAUUGUCAAAGACAAUAGGGAAAGGCCAUUUUCACGCCAACAUUGCGCACUGUAUUCAGGGGCUGCUUAUCCUCGCCCUCCGUGGUCAGUUGGAGAGCUCAGGGGGACAUAUCGGAGACAACCUGUGUGGUGGGCAGCAACCGGUCCUUUCAGCUCCCUCUGCCCAACAGUUUAGCCACCAGUCUCCACAAUCUGCGCAGCAAGAGAGAACUUCUUCUCGAUCUGUGGCAAGUGAUGACAAGCUGUUGGUGUAAAUCCUGAGACCGCUUACCAACAGCAGGGAAAGAAGAAUUGUAAACGGAAGAGGCAGUUACCAUCCUCAGCAACUUUGAGAGACUGGAGACUGGUUCGUCUUGUCCUCGAGGAAGACAUUUGGAGCCGCAGUGUUCUUGUCAGACAUGAGGCGAGCCUGUCUUGUACUCGCAGUGGCCGGGUGGACCAGCAUCUUCCACCUGCAGAUCGCUGCCCUGCCAGCGGAUGCGUCGGGUGAGAUGCGCGCUGACCUCGGACAUGGCGGUGCAGCAGGAGGGACAACCCCUGACGAGGUCACCGUCAUCCUGGAGGCCAACGCUACGCUGUCAACGCGACCUCCCUACAACUGCAGCGAGUCUCACCGAGCUCAUAAGAAUGACACCAACAAGUUCCAGGUUCGUCAUAACGGAGUCUGGUGGGACCAGGUCUGUCAGACCGGUCUCGUCUGGAACCAGACCCUCUGCAGGUGUGAGUAUGCCGCCAACGAUCUGAGGAUACCCCCAGAGUGUCCGGAUUAUCGUAACCAUGGGAACCAAAGCGGGAAAUACGAACAACGAGUGAACGAGAAAUGGAUCGUCAGGGACUGCAACCUGGCCGUGUCGGGGCUCGUCUGGAAUCAGACCAUGUGCCGCUGUGAGUGGGGGCCUGAUGGGGAUGCCAGCCUCCUAGACUUUGACCGUUCCACCCCCUGCGACACCAUGCUCAACGUGACCUUUGAGGACGGGAUGAUCGACGAUGCCAAGAGUUCCUUUCUGGAGCUGACCUCUGGCUCCACCGUGGCACUACGUCACUACACGUCACGCGAGGGCAAGGUCAACAAGGCGGCCUACUUCGAGGACGCGGCCUUGACCGUGUGGUACUUCGCCGGCAACGAGUUGAGCGGAUCACUACGCGUGGAGUUCAUGUUCAAGGCCGAAAACUCUCCAGCAACAAGGGGGCAGUAUCAGAUCCUUCUCUCCAACGGCUGCAACGUCACGGGACUGGGGUACACCACCCCGUCUCUGGCCAUCGGCUACAGGGCCGAGGACAAGUCCUUCCUGCUGGCCCUCCACACCAGCAACGUCCGCAAGGCCAUUGUGUGCACCCGCAAGCUGGAAGCCUUUGAUUGGCAUCACGUGUCGCUCAUCUACGAAGACGGAACUCUGCUCUUCAGGGUAGAUAAUCAUCCUUGCAUCAUAUCCAAUGACUUUUCAGGAGAAGUAGAGAAAACCGCUUGUCCUCUUACCAUCGGAGCAGACCCUCUGGAGAAGGAGUCAAGAUACAUCGGGUAUCUUGAUAAUCUCGUGGUAGCCCGGUACUGCCGUCGGUUCGUGGAGCAGGCCAUGGUGCCUGACGACGCCGACAACGAGACAGAAUCACAGGACCUCGUGAAAAAACGAAACAAGAGAAGGGGAACAAAGACAACGACAAGCGACAAACCCACCAACGCCCCUGCAACCCAGGCGCCAGAGGAGACAGGAGAGACUGAGAAAGGACAGCAGGGCAAGCUCGGUGACGUCAUGAACGCUUUGCAGUGAUUGGUGGACGGGACUAGUUGUUGGUGGAUGGCAACAGCGAGGCAACCUGUUGGCAAGCCACCGAAGAUGAGGUCAGAGUUCAUAUGGAUGGCAAGGAGCAGGCUGAACGAAGUUUGUGAAGACCAGUCGAGUAAAGCAAAUGAGUUUAAAGGUGACAUGAGUAAGUUUGAAUAAUGUUUUUACACAAGCACCAAAUGUUUAGCUUUCUAAGCCAGAAAUGUGACUUUCACCCAAACACUUAACGAGAGAGCCAGAAAACGGGAUAAUCUGCAUGGAUUAUUGCAGUCAGUCCUUUUUGAUGCUUGAAAAUUCGCUUUUUUGAAGUUUCCAGUCUCCCAGGACGCAUGAACACGGGCACACACACACACGCGCGCAUCGCCGCUUGCACUAAUGUAAAUACAACACAAUCUAUUGAAAACAAUUCCUGUGUUCAUGAAGCAGAAUUCUGGAAUAAAGGAACAGUGGAACCGUCA